AUGGUCUUCCGCGGGGAGGACUGUGUCAGCUUGGGGUGGUGCUUCUGGCACAAGGCAUGCUACGGGUGUUUAUUCUGCGGGUGCAAGAAUGUGGUCAGGGGAACACCGCUCAAGGAAUGGUUUGAGGACGAUGGAACUGGAGAGGAGGACAAGGCGAAGGAGGUGGACACGGUACCGAUGUGUAUCAACUGUUUGGUUGAUGUGCAAGAUCAGCAGGGUGCAGAGGGAGAACAAGUGAACGAGGCCGAGGUGGUACAGAAGGCGCUGAGAAAGGUGGAGAGGGCCGAGGGGGAUAAUGGGCUGGCGAGGGGUAGGUGGGAGGGGUUGAGAAAGGGGUAUAAUGAGAAGAAGAUUCAUUUGCAUAGGCGGGUCAAUGAGGAGGGGGCAAGGUCGGAUCUUGAUGAGGGAGGUGAUCAGGGGAAUGACCAGACGACUAUUUACGUGUCGCUGUCUGACCCGCUGGGAGAGAUAUCGUUUCGACCGAGUCCGACAAAAGGGAUUCCGUCUUUCUUGCAGCCUUCGCCCGCCUCGCCGGUUCAGUCUUCUCAUCAAGUUCCUGUCUCAACGCAGCAAGAGUCCCGGAUCAGGCGCCACAAUGUCCGUUCGUACUCUUCAAGGGUCAGCAACAACUCCCACGCAUCCACCGUCCGUCUUGAAGAUCGGUAUUUCUCUACUUCGGAUAGCAACAAAACGCAGUACCCUCACAGCGAGAUGACAGAGGUGCCUUCACUCCAAAACACACCACCCACAAGCAGCCCACGACGAUUUAUCCACCGCGGUGCACCAUUCGUCUCUAACCAGACUCUCCCCUUCUCGCCCAUCCAAAGAGAAGCAGCCCCCAAGGACAGCCUGUCACACAACUCAACCACGUUCUCCUCAUACGAAACCCCCCCAGAGUACCCUUCUUCCCCCGUCUCAUCAUCAGGCCGACAAAGCCAAAGUUUAGGAGCUGACGACCCCUUCAAUAAGAUCGACUCGAGGAUGAACCGAGCCACCUCCUACAACCUAUUCCCUACAGCAUCACACACAGGCGGGACAUCGACGAGAAAGUACUCCUCCUACCAUUCCCUCCGUUCAAACCCAUCCGCAAGAGUAGAACCCCCCGUGAUGUCGAUCCACAUCCACCGAACCAACCCAAGGAUGUCAACCGAGUAUCUCCAGCCCCAGCGGCAAGCUCACCAGUCGAGGUCAUCACCACAGUUGCAGCCACCACCAGCGCUAUCGAUCACGCCAAUCACCACCCCACCGGCACCUGUUGUUCUUAUUGGGAAUAACACAACACCCACUAACAACCCCAAACAGGGUUUCCUCCGGCGGACAGUCUCUGGAAGAAAACGACAAAAGUUUCCACGAGGAGAGGAUGAAGAGGCACGCAUGGCAAAUUUUGGCACAGGGAAGAAUGGUAGCCUGGCUACCGCGCCAGCAGUGAAAGCAGAGCCCAGCGCUGGACGGGUUCAAACCCCGGGGAUGGUGGCCACCACCGCCACCACCAUCACCACCACAAGAGGUCACCAAGAAAUAGGGCAGAUGAUCCCUAUCGGUGCCCUUGAGGGAAGAAAUGAGAAAAAGGGGGGAAGCGGCGGUAGUGGUGGUAGUGGCAGCGGGAAUGGGGGGAGCAGUAGCAAGAGGAGAAGUGUACAGGCCGACCUUUUGAGGAGGUUUUUUGGACGAUGA